AUGUUAUUUUUAGCACUAUUUAUUCACACAUUCAGGUAUUACAUCCUAUUCCCUUGCCAUGAGAACUCGUUUGACCUCCUUCGCCAAACUACGCUGCAUGUGACGCUUGUUUGUAGUAGUAGUAAUAGUAGUAGUAAUAGUAAUAGUAGUAGUAGUAGUAGUAGUAGAAGUAGUAGUAGUAGUAGUAGUAGUAGUAGUAGUAGUAGUAGUAGUAGUAGUAGUAGUAGUAGUAGUAGUAGUAGAACUAGUAGUAGUAGUAGUAGUGGUGGUGGUGGUGGUGGUGGUAGUAGUAGUAGUAGUAGUAGUAGUAGUAGUAGUAGUAGUAGUAGUAGUAGUAGUAGUAGUAGUAGUAGUAGUAGGGGUAGUAGUAGUAGUAGUAGUAGUAGUAGUAGUAGUAGUAGUAGUAGUAGUAGUAGUAGUAGUAGUAGUAGUAGUAGUAGUAGUAGCACUAGUAAUACAAGUAGUAGGAGUAGUAGUAGUAGUAAUAGUAGUUGUCGUAGUAGUAGUAGUAGUAGUAGUAGUAGUAGUAGUAGUAGUAGUAGUAGUAGUAGUAGUAGUAGUAGUAGUAGUAGUAGUCGUACUAGUAGUAGUAGUUGUUGUAGUAGUAGUAGUAGGAGUAGUAGUAGUAGAAGUAGUAGUAGUAGUAGUAGUAGUAGUAGUAGUAGUAGUAGUAGUAGUAGUAGUAGUAGUAGUAGUAGUAGUAGUAGUAGUAGUAGUAGUAGUAGUAGUAGUAGUAGUAGUAGUAGUAGUAGUAGUAGUAGUAGUAGUAGUAGUAGUAGCACUAGUAAUACUAGUAGGAGUAGUAGUAGUAGUAAUAGUAGUUGUCGUAGUAGUAGUAGUAGUAGUAGUAGUAGUAGUAGUAGUAGUAGUAGUAGUAGUAGUAGUAGUAGUAGUAGUAGUAGUAGCACUAGUAAUACUAGUAGUAGGAGUAGUAGUAAUAGUAGUUGUCGUAGUAGUAGUAGUAGUAGUAGUAGUAGUAGUAGUAGUAGUAGUAGUAGUAGUAGUAGUAGUAGUAGUAGUAGUAGUAGUAGUAGUAGUAGUUGUUGUAGUAGUAGUAGUAGGAGUAGUAGUAGUAGAAGUAGUAGUAGUAGUAAUAGUAGUAGUACUAGUAGUAGUAGUAGUAGUAGUAGAACUAGUAGUAGUAGUAGUAGUAGUAGUAGUAGUAGUAGUAGUAGUAGUAGUAGUAGUAGUAGUAGUAGUAGUAGUAGUAGUAGUAGUAGUAGUAGUAGUAGUAGUAGUAGUAGUAGUAGUAGUAGUAGUAGUAGUAGUAGUAGUAGUAGUAGUAGUAGUAGUAGUAGUAGUAGUAGUAGUAGUAGUAGUAGUAGGGGAACUGGAGUAUAG